GUGACAUUGAUUAAAUAUGGCUGCCGAAGGAGAGAAACCAACAGCCUCUGCAAUAAAUUUGGAUAAUCAUGAGUUCAUGGUUCCUAAGAAGGAAAUUGGCCCUGGACCAGAUGAUAUACCAAAAUGGGAAAAGUCAGAGGCCUACCGGGACCUGAUUGGGUUUCUUCUGGCCAUGAAUGAUGCAGUGAAAGGGAAGAAGAUAUCAGAUGCCAGGGUAUUCUCACCUGUUAUAGAGAGUUUGUUGAAGCUUCUGGACAUGAUGGAAGGCUGGAUUUCCGAGUUCCCACCGGUGGAGCAGCCCCAGAGGUUUGGGAAUACAGCCUUUAGGGACUGGUUUGAUAAACUAAAGCAGGAGGCCCCAGGGCUUGUGCGAGACUUACUAGGGCCAAAACAUGCAGAUGCAGCAGAAGAAGUAUCCACCUACUUGGUGGAAGGAGUGGGGAACCAGACACGCAUUGACUACGGCACAGGUCAUGAGCUGGCGUUUGCAGCGUUCCUACUGUGCCUGUACAAACUUGACCUGCUAAAGGAGACAGAUGCUGAGGCCGUAGUUCUCAAUGUGUUCACAAAGUACCUACAGCUGGUGAGAAAGUUACAGCUCACAUACAGGAUGGAGCCUGCUGGAUCACAGGGUGUAUGGGCGCUAGACGACCACCAGUUUAUACCCUUCAUAUGGGGAUCUGCACAGCUUAUCAGUCAUCCAAGGAUCCAGCCCAAGUCCUUCGUGAAACCAGAGAUCUACGAACAUUUCGCCAAAGACUAUGUGUUUCUGUCCUGUAUUAAAUAUAUCAAUGAGGUGAAGACUGGUCCGUUUGCUGAGCACUCGAACCAGCUAUGGAACAUAAGUGCAGUUCCACACUGGGAAAAAGUGAACUCAGGGCUUGUCAAGAUGUACAAGGCAGAGGUGCUUGCUAAAUUCCCGGUUAUACAACACUUCCUGUUUGGAAGCCUGUUAAGGAUCAACCCAACCAGCUGAUUGUCCUUCUACCCACAGUUGAGGGGAGAUAACAAGACUUCAUACAGGGCUGUGAGCAGUGGAUCAUUGCUCCCCUGUAGUUCUGGUCGUGCCAGACUGUGAUAUAAUGUACGACCUAUGUGAGCAUAGUGAAUGCAAAACUCAAGAUGGAAGCAUUGUAUUGUCACAGAUCAACAUAUUAUUUUUUUCAAGAAGAGCUAUUGUGAUCACUUAAUCAUUGUGGGCAUUGGGGCAUUGACUUUACCUCUUCCUAGUCAUCUUCAAGCUUCAAACAAACAGUCAUGUAUAGAUGGUUUGUUAUCAUAAAAAUAAAUUUGUGAGAGUAAAAAUUACUCUUUUGAUGUAGUUUGCAUACUACAUGGAAACAGCUUUUGUGUGUCCCCACUAACCAGGUUGGGAAGUUUUGUACAGGGCGAGUUUAAAUUAUCAUAAUCAGUCAACUAAAAAUAUUCUGGUUAAGGUUUUGCAUGUAUCUACAUUUGAGUCAAUAUCUCAGCAAAAACAAUAUGUUUUGCAUUGAACAUUUAAACAUGUCUUCCCAAUUAUCCAACCUACUUAAUCAAUCAAGUUAUAUAACUCAAUCUUGCAUACAAUGCAAAUUAGGGAUGCAAACGAAUAUUCGAAUAUUCGAAUAUUCGAUCGAACGUUUGGUAUUCGAAUGUCAAAAUCAGUAUUCGAAUAUUCGAUGUUUUUGUUGAAAUAAUAAAUUAAUAAACUUUUUGACUACAACUGUCAUCUUCGUCUGUCUUGUUUUUACAACGAUGGACCCGUAAUGCCAGAGGUGUAAACAUAUGAUACUAUACACGCGCCAUAUCGGAUUUUUGCAUUUACUGGCUGUUAGACAAGUGACAUCAAACACAUUCCAAUUAUUUUGGGAACAUUUAAGAUCGGCCUUUAUAGCAAUGUGUUGUCUUUCCCUGCGAAUCAAGCUUGGCGAUAUGCGCAAAUCGCCUUGAUGAUUCGAAGGACAUGUGAUAGUUAUUUGCUUUAAACUGUUUUCCAUGUUUCGUUACAACGCUCUUGCGUUGAAAAGUAGUUGUAUGGUUUAACGUUGUAAAAUACAUCAGUCAAAAUCGACGUGCGGCCAUGGUUGGUGUCGUUUUCUAUAAAAAUAUUUCGUAAACAUCAAUCCCAGAACGAGGCUGCAAGUACCACGUUGGCGCAUAUCGUCAUUUAACCGGGAAAAACGAAAUUCCCGAUCUUAUUUUGCUUUGUUUACAAAAGUGAACGCAGAGGAAUUGAUAUAGUUUGUUUUUUUGUUUAAAAUAUAAUUAUGGCUUUUUCUUGGGAUAUAUUCUGAAAAUGGGGAAAUUCAGAGGCUAAUUUGUGGAACAAUAAGUGUCCGUCGCGUGUACCGAAUACGACAAAGAAGGGUAACAGGGCCCUAGCUAUUACGUUAUUGAAUACUAGUUUUCUACAAUUCUUAAAGGAUCAUUUUGGUAUUCGAAUAUUCGAAUAUUCGAUCGAAAGAAUUACCGAAUAUUCGAAUAUCAAUUUUGUCAUUCGUUUGCAUCCCUAAUGCAAAUUAUUGCCCUUUAUUAUUCGACUUUGUAAUUCAUAGGUUAGUAUCUCUGCAACUACUUGAUGUAUUGCACUGAGACUUUAUACAAUGGCAAUCAUCCAUCUGACCUACAUGAUAACCAAGUAAGAUUUUGCAUAUAAUGCAAAAUAAUGGCCAUUCAUUAUUCAACUAAGAAAUUCUUGUUAAGGUUUUGCAUUUAACCACAUUUAAGUCAAUAUCUCAGCAAAUACAUCAUGUAUUCUAUUGAAACUAUAAAAGGUUUCCAACUUUCCAAUUUACUUCAUAAAACAAGUAAGAUAACUCUAUCUUACAUUAAUGCAUAUUAUUCCCCAUUAUUAUUUGAUUUUGAAAUUCUGGUUACGGUUUUGUAUGUAAGCACACGUAGGUUAAUAAAACAGCAACUACUUGAUGUAUUGCAUUGAGACUUUAUACGAUACUCAACGAUCAAACAUACUUCACAUGACCACACAAAAAUGGGAGUAAUUGUUCGCAGCUGUUCACAUGACCACACAGAAUGAGUGUUAUGGUGGGCAGCUGUUCACAUGACCACACAAAAAUGAGAGUUAUUGUUCAUAAGUGUUCACAUGACCACAAAUAUGAAAGUUAUUGUUCAUAGCUGUUCAUAUGACCUCAAACAAUGAAAGUUAUUGCCACAGCUGUUCACAUGACCACAAAUAUGAAAGUUAUUGUUCAUAGCUGUUCACUUGAACAAAAAUAUGAAAGUUAUUGUUGCAGCUGUUCACAUGUCCACAAAUAUGAAAGUUAUUGUUCAUAGCUGUGCACAUGAACAAAAAUAUGAAAGUUAUUGUUACAGCUGUUCACAUGUCCACACAUAUGAAAGUUAUUGUUCAUAGCUGUGCACAUGAACAAAAAUAUGAAAGUUAUUGUUACAGCUGUUCACAUGUCCACACAAAAUGAGUGUUUUUGUCAAUGAUUUCAGCAACCAGCAUUAUACCUAACAUAUAUGCAAUUGCAUAAACGUUAAAGUGCCAUUCCAUGUCAUUGUAUUAUAGUUUUUUUGUGGUAUAAUGGUCACCAGAAAAAUGGGUGGGUAUAUUACUUGUUUCAUAAGUUUUUGGGAUUGAUGAGUAAUUAUUAGAAAAUGUUGUUUGUUUUAGUUAAUCAGUUAAAGUAUAUUGUUGUUAAUGUUGAAAAUUACAGUGUGAUAGUGUUAGUGCAAAUUCAUAUGAAUUGGCUCAGUCACAGAGUUAUUGCCUUGUAAUUAAUGCAAAAAAAGCUCUUAUUUUGAAGUCUGGAGCCAUUAAGAUUAAAUUUGUAGAGAAUAAUUAAUUUGAGGGAAAUUGAUGAAACUUAAUGGAAUAUUAAAAACUAUUAUGUGAUGGUUGUAAUUAUGUAAAUGAAAAUAUAUAUGAAUCAUGUAACAGAGUUAUUGCCCUUUAGUUAAUAAAACGAGCUUCCAUUUUUAAGUCGGGAGCCAUUAAGAUAAAAUUUGUAGAGAGAAAUUAAUUUGAGAGAAAGAAACAAUUCUUAAAUGAAAUGUUCAAAACUAUAAUGUGAUGGUUGCAAGUGCUUAAUUCAUUUAAAUAAAGAUGAUAAAACAAGAGUAAUUUUCCCCUUUAAUUUGUAUAAAGCUUACUGAGAUUAAUUGGUGAAACUGUGUAUGCAUUAUGCGCUGUGGCCCCUGCCACAUUGUGUUUUACUUGUUUUCUAGAUUGGAUCAGUACCACCAUGGUUAUUGCCCCUUAAAUUAGGAAAUUAUUUUAUUUGAAUUUGUCUGUUGGAAGUGAAAAAUAUAUGUUUUACUCUGAACAUAACUUAAUGAAGCGAAUAUUAAUCAAUACUCCAAAUUGUGAGCUGACAGCUCUUGAUAAAGUUUUUUUCUCAGUUAAUAUUCAUAAUUCAUGUACAUAAUUAUGUUUUACAAUAACAGACUCUCUGAGGAGUUUUGCUUAAAGAGACUUGCUCAUGUUUUGCAAUAUGCACUGUGUUUUUUUAUGAUGAGAUAAAAUGUUGUAAAAUCAUUAGAAUUGUUAAAACUGAGAUACUGACUGAUACCUUCAACAAAUGUUGAUAUAUGCUCAAAUGUUGUCUUUGAAGCCCACAAUUUUGAAUGGUGUAGUAACACUUUUCAACAAAAGGCUUAAAGGUUAAAUUAUCCCUCAGAAUAUGUAAGAGUCCUUUUGUGCGAGUAUUUUUGUUGCCAAUUUUCUAUUUUUUGUUUUACUGCACCGUCCCCCUACUUAAACCAGCUCUUUUUUUUCACAUUAUUUUUUUCCCAUGCAAUUUGGUUUUUAAAGAGUAAAAUAAUUAUGACAGUGUUUCAGAUGCAUUACCAUGAACAAAAUAAAUUUGGCCUAUAAAUGUUAGCGAGUGCCUUUAAAUUGUUCAAAGUUGCUUUAAUUGAAGUUUUGGAAUGGUAAAUUCCUAUACCAUGGGAUAUCAAUUGUAGAGUUUGCUUUUUAAAGUUGCACUCUCACAGAUUUACCGUUCUGACAACUUUAUUAUUUUUUCUCUUAUAAUGAGCCAAUUUUUGUGUGAAUAUCUGCAAACCAGUGAUAAAAGACUGCUGUCAAAAGAUUAAAUCACAGAUUUUCAUGUUUCCAUUCGAAAAUUGAUGUUUUUAGCAUUACUAACAGUUUAAGAAAAAUGCAUAAAACAUCAAUUUUUGAGCUUAAAUAUAAAAAUAUGCGAUCAAAUUUUUGUCACCAGUCUUACAUGACUGGUUUCCAUGGAUUUUCGUAUAAAUUGGCUCGUUCCAACACAAAACAAAUGUCAAACGUUCAGUCUGUGAGAGUGCAGCUUUAAGGAGAUAUUUUGUACUCCUCUAUUUGUACUAUGGAAAAAUCAGAUACAAAUGUAUACACAUAAAUUACUGUUCUGUUCAAAUCAAUGCCAUUAUCUGUCAGUGAAUAUGUUAUUAUAAGAAAUUGACAACAGUAAAUGUAUAUGCAAGUCACGAGGAUUCAUAUUAUGUUGAAUAUUAACACUCAACUUGGUUACACUUUGUCAAAACAAUUUUGUGAAAUAAGCUUGUUGAAGUAAAACCUACUGAUGUAUUUUCAUA